UCCUCCUCCUCCUCCUCCUCCUCCUCCUCCUCCUCACUUCUCGGGGGGCGGCGAUCGGCCGCUCCGCCCCGCAUCAUUCCGGCCCAGCCUGGGCCACAUGGCCACCCGAAGGGGCCGAGCCCACUCGGCUUCCCCCGGCGGAGUGGGAACCCGACUCGGGCACUGCAAUUUCAGCAAACUCCUCUCCGUUGGAAGGCUCCACUAGGCAGCUGCCGGAGGGGGAGGGGCAAAACCCUCGUCCGCUCCUACCUGGUUCCAUCCCGCAGCUCUCCCGUUUCGGGGCCCGGGGCGCAAGGGGAUGAUCGAUGUGGCAGGGACUAGUGGGGCAGGCGAUUUGGAAUUGCCCCAGUCUGGACCUCGGACGCCCUUCGCUCCCGGCUCGCUCCCCCCGCCGGGCUGCUUGGUACGGGCUGCAACAGGCAGGUUUCCCCCGACCCCUCGGGGGGCGGCCGGGCCGGGUUGGAGUCCGGAUCCAGCUGAGCCAGGAGUAGCAGCAGCAGCAGCAGCACCAGCACCAGCACCAGCACCACCACCACCACCACCACCACCGACGACGACGAUUCCCCGACAACUGCGUUCCACUUCUCCGUCGGGGAGCUGCUGCUGCUCCCGCUCCCCAUCAAGAGCUGAAAGCUGGGAGCGCCAGGAUGAGGAAAAGACGGGUCCAGCGGAUGGUGCUGGCCACUUGCGUCGGCUCUUUGCUCCUGGUGAUCUUCUACUUCCAGAGCAACUUGAACCCCGCUGCCGAGGACAGGAUCUUGAGGACUGACUGGUUCGGGAAGUCAGGGCGAAGCCCACUCCAGGCCCUUUAUGACAGUGAUCAGUUCCCACCCUCCUCCCUUCAGGUGGCCCACCAGCGGCGCAGGGAGCUGCUGGACAGGGUCUGCAGCCGCUACACCCUGAAGAGACGCCUGCUGACCCCGGAGGACCUGCGCCACUUGGUGGUUGACGACGAGCACGGCCUCCUGUACUGUUACGUGCCCAAGGUGGCCUGCACCAACUGGAAACGGGUGAUGAUGGUGCUCACCGGCCAGGGCAAGUACCGUGACCCCCUGGAGAUCCCGGCCCACGAGGCCCACGUCCCGGCCAACCUGCGGACGCUGGCAGAGUACAGUCCGGCAGAGAUCAACCGGCGCCUGCGCAGCUACCUCAAGUUCCUGUUCGUGCGGGAGCCGUUCGAGCGCCUGGUCUCAGCCUACCGCAACAAGUUCACCCGCAGCUACAACACCGCCUUCCACAAGCGCUACGGGACGAAGAUCAUCCGGCGCCACCGGCAGCAACCCAGCCCCGAGGCGCUGGCCCGAGGGCAUGACGUGCGCUUCGAGGAGUUCCUCUACUACCUGCUGGACCCCCGGACCCAGCAGGAGGAACCGUUCAACGAACACUGGGAGCGAGCUCACUCGCUCUGCCACCCCUGCAUCGUCCAUUACGACGUGGUGGGCAAAUACGAGACGCUGGCCGAGGACGCCGCUUACAUCCUGCACUUGGCCGGGGCCGACCAGGCUGGGGUGCGUUUCCCAGCCUCGUCCAAGAACGCCAAGACCACGGACAACAUGGCGGCCCACUUCUUUGAGGGCAUCAGCCCUUUCUACCAAAGAAGACUCUUUAAUUUAUACAAGAUGGACUUCCUCCUCUUCAACUAUUCCAUCCCCUCUUAUCUGCGGCUCCGAUGAGGCUGGUGGGGCGGUGGUGAGGGGAAGACAUUCUAACUCUUGCUGCUUUGAAUCCUCCGUGUCUAAUUUUCCCCACCCUGCAGGCUCGGACUCCUUAAAAGAAAUGGUGCUUCUCUUACUCAUUCCCUUCUUCCUCCUCCAUUUUCACUCCAUUCCGUCCCAUUGCCCUUCAGGACUUCGGCUGUGUUGUCCCGGUGGGGGGGCAGCAGGGAUGGGACAAGGAACUCUGUAGAUUCCCCAAGGUGUUGAUCACCGCUUAGCCUCAAAUCCCUCCCCAUCCCCAGGUCCGGUUCCUUUCACCCCCUCGGUGAGAAAGACCUUAGGGUCAAUGCUUGGCCAUUUCCUCUUUAGAAGGCUUCGUGAUUUUGCUAGAGAACUGAGCCCCGGGGGGGGGCUCGUCUGUGUUGGAAUGUUGCAGUGCGGGGGCCGGAAGGAUUGGCAACUCAUUUGUCUUACUAGGUUUCUGACUCAAGUGGCUCCAAAAAGCGAUGGGAUGUCUCAUCCGUUUUUAGUUGGUUUGUGUUUCCAUUCCAGAUCCUUCCCGUUGGGCUGAGCGAGAAAGAAAUGUGGAAUCAGCCCUUGUAUUCCCCACACUGACGGGCCAAGCAUUUUCUGUUUCCUUCUCUCUGCUCAAUUCAAAGGAUGGAUGAGAUGUGUUCAGAAAGAGACACGCUCACAUGCUCACACACAACCAUCCAACUUGGGACUAUUCAUUAGAACAAAAUGAGGAUUUGAAAUUCCAGCUGAUCUGAGGAGGGUGAUAGGCGAAGGGACAUCUUCAAGUUGAAAUCGCUGAUAAACCGUAGUAUUACCUGUAUGUCAGCUGAUUCUGUUGUGAGCAACUGAAUUUAAUGGUGCAAUAUAGUGGCAAGUUUUUAUAAAACACCAAUUCGUUUGGGUUGUGAGUGUGUGUGCGUGUGUUUUUAUUUUUAUCAUUUCUUCGUAACCUAUCUUCCUGGCAGGCCCAGGCUCUUUCCGUUAAGCCACUCUGCCUCCCUCCAUCAUCAGCUUGUAAAGAUGAACUGGGUUGAUGCUGUCUGUCUGGGUUAAGGGCCAGUUAGGUCAAGUCAGUUAAGUCUGGGUUAAGUCAACAGCUUGAACCAACUGGAAACGAACCAGGGACAGCUAUCAAUGGGGCGCUGUUCCUUGAAUAAAAUGAGUCCACAGGAAUGGUUUAUGUAUAUUAUAGAUUAGUAAUGAAAGGCAACUUAGAAUCAGCUUGAGACCACGAGAAGGCGAGUCUUACCAUUACUGAAUGCCGCCUCGGGAUAUAAUGUUGACCUUGUUAACAGCCAAUUCCAUUGGCCCUUUCAAGAAACCCGUGGGGCUGGAGCCAGUUAAGCAAAUGUUGGGUGCCAGGCAGGGUUUGCUGGCAGUUGCUCUUUGUUUGGGAAAUGACUCAGUAACCUUUGUGCUAGCUGCUCAGAGGAAAUCUAUGUCGUCUGGGCCCUUGGAUCUGUAAUCUUGGGCCCCACGGCACUUAUGUACAUUUUAUUAAUGUCUGUCUCCCCCGAC